UGAACUUCCUCGUACACGUUUUACGCCUUGGACAAAGGGUGGUGUGGUUGUAGAGACUUCCCGGCUUGACACAGCAACUAAAUUGUAAACAUGGUUGACCAAUUUGUCGGAACUUGGAAGAUGGCCUCUAGUGAGAAUUUUGAUGAAUAUAUGAAGGCAGUAGGUGUCGGGUUUGCCACCAGGCAGCUGGGUAACAUGGCAAAGCCAAAUUUGCUGUUCAGCGUGGAUGAUGGUGUUAUAACUAUGAAGUCUCAAAGCACGUUCAAAACGACAGAGAUGAAGUUCAAAUUAAACGAGGAGUUCGAUGAGACCACAGCAGAUGACCGAAAAACGAAGACCUCGAUGACUCUAGAGAACGGUAAACUUGUGCAGAAGCAGUCCUGGGAUGGCAAGACCACAAUACUGGAGCGGGAGAUUAAAGACGGAAAACUCAUAGCGAAAUGCACAAUGGAUGAUGUUGUGGCGGUGAGGAUCUAUGAGAAGGAGGCAUGAUGGCCAGGUUGCCCCCAGACAAACGGCAUCAGAUGACAUGCAUUUUGUAUUCUGUUCCAAUACCAUUAGGCCAAAUGCCAUUACUUGUUAAACUCGCAUGCUAGGAUGUUUAAAUAAAAGUCCUGUUGUGCUUUA